UAGAUAGCAAACAGUUAGUUCUCAGCAGUCGAGAGAUAUAAACGUGUUAAAAAGUUUUUAUUUUUAAAAAAGGAAUAAUUAAGAAAAAACAAUGAAAGCCCGCACAGCUAUCGCGCUCUUCUCGUUCGCCAUCGUGGCAGCGCUUAUUGCCACCAGCAUGGCCACCAACAGCACCUGGGGACAACGCAGCCGUUACGAUCGCCUGCUCUACCGUACCGAUGUGGUCAGGAAGUCCGACUUGUGGCGUGUCAUUUCGGUGGAUGUUGAGUUCCCCGGCAAGAAUUCCUACAAUCCCUACUUCAUUAGCCAAGUGGUGGCCAUCGAUCAUAAGCGCAAGGACGGAGGUUAUGCCCAGCUGCGCAAAGGCGGUCCCGGCUAUCGUAAUGUCACCCUACACAUCAAAUCUGCGCGCAAUCAUGGCCUGAAUUAUACUGUUGAAGUUUUUGGCAAUUAAACGAAUCAAUGAAUGUGUGUGCUUUGUGUUAAAUGACAAGCGCGGUUAGGUAGUGUUGGCAAUAACACUUGUUUAAAUAAUAAUAAGCAGGAAACAAAAAAAAAA